AGCAACCGAAACCAAUGGCAGUAAACAACAUGGCAGCGUACACGCUGGACGGAGUGCGGCAGCUCUUGCAGCGGGUCGUAAGCAGCGGAACGUUCACGAGGCACUUCGAAGCGGUCCGUAUCGUUUCGGCAGGGGAUGGAAAAUGCACCGCAGAAGUCACGGUCAACGAGAACAUCCUCAAUAACCUUGGAACUAUGCAGGGGAGCUUCUCGGCCAGCCUAGUCGACGUGAUUAGCACCUACGCGCUCCUGACGCUACGCGACGUGCGCAACGUCAGCGUAGACAUGAACAUGAGCUACGUCGACAAGGCAGUGCUCGGGGACAUGGUGUUGGUGGAGGCGACGACCACAAAGGUGGGCAGAAGCACAGCCUUCCUCACCGUGGACAUCCGCAACAAGAAGACGGGCAGACUGCUUGUCAAAGGCCUGCACACCAAGCAUCUGCUCAACAACAUGGACUACCUGGGGAACAAGCUGGAAAGCGGCGCCACGCCGGCCGCCUCUUCUAAGGCGUGAUGGACACCUCGCCCGCCCCUGCUGUUCGACUUGUUUAUAUUUCGAUAUAGCCGCAAUGUUGUUUGGUACAGAAAUAAAUUUGGCAAAAAAGACUAUCGUCAGUGUCA